AUGUCCGCUAUUCAGAACCUCCAAACUUUUGACCCCUUUGCUGAUGCAACUAAGGGUGAUGACUGCCUCCCAACUGGGAAAGAAGACUACAUCCACAUAAGAAUUCAACAGCGGAACGGCAGGAAGACGCUCACUACUGUCCAGGGCAUUUCUGCCGAGUAUGACAAGAAGAAGCUAGUCAAGGCCUUCAAAAAGAAGUUCGCUUGCAAUGGGACGGUGAUUGAGCACCCAGAGUAUGGUGAAGUGAUCCAACUUCAGGGAGAUCAGCGCAAGAACAUCUGCCAGUUUCUCAUGGAGAUUGACUUGGCUAAGGAGGAGCAGCUCAAAGUCCACGGCUUUUAA